ACUGGGAGCUGAACUUUGUUGUUUAGUGACAGAAAGCUCCUUAAUCCAGGAGUAGGCAAGGUCCCCAUAACAUCUUGACCCAGCUUUGCUCAACGUGAUGCGUCUUCAUCUGAUUCCGCUCCCUCAUUCCAUCGUCGGCAUUCUAUAUGGACACCUCCGACCAGACUGAAGCCAACCUCUUUGCCGGUCAUAGCACGAUCGAAGGGUAUACCGAAUCCUUAUCUCUAGCCGCAGAGCAACAACAGCAACAGGCCGAUACACUGCAGCUUCAGCAGGAGCAGAUCCACACACAACCCGUUGUUGAGACACAGAGACGGGUGCCUGAUAACAGACCCCGUCGCAUCCAAAAGUCAUCCUCGUCUUCGGCUUAUGCUGCUUGGAUACGAGCUCAGGCCACAGGAUCGGCUUAUUGUACGAGAAUAAUGUUUAAGGUUUUCGGAAUUUGUCUGGCGUUCUGCUUCGCCCAACAGUCAGGUAAACCAGGUAACUCACAUAUUUUUUACGCAGUUCUUGUCAGCGGAGGAGCGCUGUGUUUGUUCUUCUCGAACUGGAUUUCUGGCGUUUACUCCAUAGUGCUAGGGAUCCUGGUCUACCUUAUCGAACAAACCCCUCCCCGCCGCACCUCUGGAUCGCUAGCUGCGUCCAAACAACCCCGCAUCUCCUUCUUACCCUCUACAGUUCUCCGCGCGCAGUCUAUCCGCGUACUCUUCUACGUCCCCGCAGCCGUGCCCUGCUUCUUGCGUGCUCCAAAUUAUCCUGGAGGAUUGUGUUUGAUUUCCAGCGGUAUCACUUAUACUGUCGCUACUGCGAUCGAUUGGCGGAAGAAACGUGCGUCAUUGCAAAUGAACAAAAGCUCUGUUCGAGAACGGGAUGGAGCUGGGUAUAGUGCCGGGUUCAGAUGAAAGCUGUCCAUCGCACCAAGGAAUUUUGUGUCUUGUUCUGGUCGAUGGCUGGUAUAGCCUUUUUUUUUUAUUUUUCCGGUACUGGUGAGCUGGAUAAUAAA